AUGAGCAGCCAGCUGAGGGUCCAGGAGGGGGAAGUGCGAGGUGGAGUGAGGGGGCAGCCCAGGAGCGGCUCUCCAGGCACAGGUGACGGAUCUGGAAGGCUACCCUCAAAGAAGCAGACUCCCAAGGCCGAGAGUGCAUCCGGCAGGCGCAGAUCCCAGCCUGGACAGAGGGGGCAGGCCGGGAGUAGCCCAAGACCUGGGUCUCCCAGGAGGAAGCAGACAGAACACAAGAGACACAGAGAGGAUUUGGGCAGACAGACCCAGAGUCCAACAGAAAGAACUGGGUAUGGGGAGAAGAAAAGGGAAGGGAAGGCUUCCUUCAAGGGGCAGAGAACACCUUCGAAGAAGGAAAAGGAAGUUCCAAAGAAGGAAGGAACUUGGAAGGAGCGGAAAAAACACAGGUCAUCUUCCAUGGCUUCCAAUGCCUCUGAUGCAGAGUCUCUGUCUGAAGAGGAACUGACCCGGAUCCUAGAGCAGGUGGAAGAAAAGAAGAAGCUUAUCGCUACCAUGAGGAAUAAGCCCUGGCCCAUGGCAAAGAAGCUAGCAGAGCUCAGGGAGGCCCAAGCGUUUGUGGAAAAGUAUGAAGGAGCCUUGGGAAAAGGAAAAGGCAAGCGACUCUAUGCCUGCAGGAUGCUGAUGGCCAAGAAAUGGGUCAAAUUUAAGAGAGAUUUUGCUAAUUUGAAGACUCAGUGCAUUCCAUGGGAGAUGAAGAUCAAGGACAUUGAAAGUCACUUUGGCUCUUCAGUGGCAUCAUAUUUCAUCUUCCUCCGGUGGAUGUAUGGAGUUAACCUUGUCCUUUUUGGCUUGAUAUUUGGUCUAGUCAUAAUUCCAGAGGUACUGAUGGGCGUGCCCUAUGGAAGUAUACCCAGAAAGACGGUGCCUCGGGCUGAGGAAGAAAAAGCCAUGGACUUCUCUGUCCUUUGGGAUUUUGAGGGCUACAUCAAGUACUCUGCUCUCUUCUACGGCUACUACAACAAUCAGAGAACCAUCGGGUGGCUGAGGUACCGGUUGCCGAUGGCUUACUUCAUGGUGGGGGUCAGCGUGUUUGGUUACAGCCUGAUGAUCGUCAUUAGGUCGAUGGCCAGCAAUACCCAAGGAAGCACAAGCGAGGGGGAGAAUGAGAACUUCACAUUCAGCUUCAAGAUGUUCACCAGCUGGGACUACUUGAUCGGGAAUUCAGAGACGGCAGACAACAAAUAUGCCUCCAUCACCACCAGCUUCAAGGAGUCCAUAGUGGAUGAACAAGAGAGUAAUAAAGAAGAAAACAUCCAUCUGACAAGGUUUCUCCGUGUCCUGGCCAACUUCCUCAUCAUCUGCUGUUUGUGUGGAAGUGGGUACCUCAUCUACUUUGUGGUGAAGCGAUCCCAGGAAUUCUCCAAAAUGCAGAACGUCAGCUGGUAUGAAAGAAACGAGGUGGAGAUUGUGAUGUCCCUGCUUGGGAUGUUCUGUCCUCCUCUCUUCGAAACCAUCGCAGCUCUGGAAAAUUAUCACCCACGCAUCGGACUCAAGUGGCAGCUGGGCCGCAUCUUUGCGCUCUUCUUGGGGAACCUGUACACAUUUCUCCUGGCCCUCAUGGACGACGUCCACCUCAAGCUUUCUCACGAAGACACGAUAAAGAAUAUCACUCACUGGACUCUGUUUAACUAUUAUAACUCCUCGGGUUGGAAUGAGAGUGUCCCCCGGCCACCCCUGCACCCUGCAGAUGUGCCGCGGGGUUCUUGCUGGGAGACAGCUGUGGGCAUUGAAUUCAUGAGGCUGACAGUGUCCGACAUGCUGGUAACAUACAUCACCAUCCUGGUAGGAGACUUCCUGCGGGCGUGUUUUGUCCGAUUCAUGAACUACUGCUGGUGCUGGGACCUCGAGGCUGGAUUUCCCUCAUAUGCUGAGUUUGAUAUUAGUGGAAAUGUACUGGGUUUGAUCUUCAACCAAGGAAUGAUCUGGAUGGGCUCCUUCUACGCCCCAGGACUGGUGGGCAUUAAUGUGCUGCGUCUGCUGACCUCCAUGUACUUCCAGUGCUGGGCCGUGAUGAGCAGCAACGUCCCGCACGAGCGUGUGUUCAAAGCUUCCCGCUCCAACAACUUCUACAUGGGCCUCCUGCUUCUGGUGCUCUUCCUCAGCCUCCUGCCCGUGGCCUACACCAUCAUGUCCCUCCCGCCCUCCUUCGACUGUGGGCCGUUCAGCGGGAAAAACCGAAUGUAUGACGUCAUCUAUGAGACCAUCGAAAAUGAUUUCCCAUCUUUCCUGGGAAAGAUCUUUGCUUUCCUUGCUAAUCCAGGCCUGAUCAUUCCAGCCAUCCUGCUGAUGUUCUUGGCCAUCUACUACUUGAACUCAGUCUCCAAAAGCCUUGGCAGAGCUAAUGCCCAGCUGAGAAAGAAAAUCCAAGCGCUCCGUGAAGUUGAGAAGAGUCACAAAUUUGUCAAAGGCAAAGCCACAAUCAAAGACUCAGAGGACACACUUGAAGAAUGCUCCAAGAAUGCCACCCAGGUCCAACUCCCCAAAGAAGGAACCAUACCUCACACUGCCAGCCAAAUCCAGGCCCUGGACAAGAAGGCACAGGACACUGGGACUCUCAGUGCUGCUGGCAGAACAUCACUGUCUGCCACUAGGCAUGACCCUGUGCCUCAGCUCCCCAGAAUCAAACCAGAUUCUAGCCAACACCGGCCUCAGAUGCAACGUGGGCGGACCUGGCGCUACCGCACGCAACCCCGGCAACGCCAGGAGCGGCGACCGGAAAAGGGAGGCUUGCGCGCGUCACCACUACUCCCCCCCCCUCCGCCACCCCCUCAGGAAGAUCCGAAAUGGUACCGUCCUCUGCCUAUGAUUGGCUAA